AUGUUGUCAGCAGAAAAUUUUCAAAUCAAAGGAAGUUUGAUGGAAUCAUUUGUUUUACGGUGGUGCGGUUGGCAUCAUGAAGAAUCUUCAUUGCUUAAGCACACGUCUUUUAUUGGUACGCAAUGUUUGUUUGAUUCAAUGGUGAAUUCCAGGGAAAUUCGAAUAAAUAAAAGUCUUAAAAUUAUAUUCACGUCACUUUUAUUUCAUCUUCCUUCGAGUCUUCUUUUAGCAAGAUUUGAAUUGGAAUGUAAAUCCUUUCUCGGUCGUCAAGAUCCAAAAGAAAACACAGAUUUAGAGAAUUCUGGCUUAUAA